CACUCGACACCGCCCAGCUAAGGGUUGUGCAUAGUUCCUUCGGGCGGAGAUAGUGUGGGGAAUCCCCCGUCACCGUCUCUGUUUAAAAAUGAAUACGGUACAUCUCUCUUCGUCUCUUUCAGUCCAGUCGUCUCACUCAAAUACUAUACCGCGAUAAGGGUGUUCACAACAUGGACGCUGUGAUUCCACUGCCCAGGGCUCCUCUUUUCCUAGCGGGCGAGCCCAGCGUACAGAUAUUUGAGGAACCCAAGCAAAGGGGCAUGCGAUUCAGAUACAAGUGUGAGGGCCGGUCGGCUGGCAGCAUCCCAGGAGAGAGGAGCACCGACAACAACAGAACCUACCCCAGCAUCCAGAUUUUGAAUUACACCGGGAAAGGGAAGGUGCGCGUGUCACUGGUGACCAAGAACGAGCCCUACAGGCCACACCCCCAUGACCUGGUGGGGAAGGACUGCAAGGACGGUUACUAUGAGGCGGAGUUUGGGCCCGAGCGCAGGGUCAUCGCCUUUCAGAACCUGGGGAUCCAGUGCGUGAGGCGGAGGGAGGUGAAGGACGCCAUCAUGCAGAGGAUCGCUCGACACAUCAACCCCUUCGCCGUGCCCCGGGAACACCUGCUGCAGACAGAGGAGUACAACCUCAACGUGGUGCGGCUGUGCUUCCAGGUGUUCCUAUUGGACGAGGCCGGCCAGUACACCCCCCAGCUCCCGCCCAUCAUCUCCAACCCCAUCUACGACAACCGUGCCCCCAACACGGCCGAGCUGCGUAUCUGCAGGGUGAAUAAGAACAGCGGCAGUGUGAAGGGGGGAGACGAGAUCUUCCUGCUCUGCGACAAGGUCCAGAAAGACGACAUCGAGGUCCGCUUCUUCGCGCACAACUGGGAGGCCAAGGGCACGUUCUCCCAGGCGGACGUGCACAGGCAGGUGGCCAUCGUCUUCAAGACUCCGGCCUACUUCGACCCCACCGCCCCCUCCCCCGUCACCGUGCACAUGCAGCUGCGCAGGCCCACGGACCAGGAGGUCAGCGAGGCCAUGGAGUUCCGAUAUCUGCCCGACGACAAGGAUCCCUAUGGCUGCCAGGAGAAAAAGAGAAGGAGAGAAGACUUGAUGAAAUCCUUCCCCAGUUUCACCGGUCUGAACCAGGCAAACAGGAUUAAGGCUGUUCCACGCAGUGGAACCAUGAUGGGUCAGAAGAUUAAGAAAGAACCGCCGAACAUGUACAUGCAGCAGGCAAUGUACUCCAACCCCUACCAGCAACAUCAUCACCUGCCGCGCACAAUGAUGACAUCACAGGUGGCCGCCCAGGUGCCGGUGUCCAUGAACCAGGUGUGGCCCCACCCCAGCCCCGCCCUGACGCUGGACGCCAUCCGCGUCAACCCCUCCCCCGCCGGCAACGGCCCCGGGAACCUCCCCGGCAACGGCCCCGGGAACCUCCCCGGCAACGGCCAGGCCCUGCAGCCGCUGCAGUGCGGUCAGGGGUACCCCAGCGGGGGGGACGGGAGCAGCCUGCCCCUUCUGACCGAGGGCGACCUGCAGUGCCUGGGGCCCGAGACCCAGGGGCCAAACAGCCACGGCCACCCGCCGCAGCCCACCUGCCUGCCUGUCCACAGGAAGGGCCCCGCGCCCGAGGCAACGCAGCCGGCCUGGUCCGAGUACGCCCUCCCGGCCACACAGGAAGUGCUGAACGGAGACACAGGCAUGAGCGCUGCCAUGUCCUUCAUGAGCGGGGACUUCCUGCAGGGUCUGGACGAGGCCCCGGCGUCCAGCUUCGCCCUGAAGCAGGAGCCCCAGACGGUCCUGAUGCCCACCUCCGACUGCCACCCCUCCUACACCGCGCUCCUGCCCCGCCCCGCCAACAACGGAGGCGCCAACAACCUGGAGGCCUACCGGCCAGGAGGGGGCGACGCUGAGGACUGCUCCGGCCUCAGGCCCUUCCAGAACCAGUAUCCCGCCAAUCAGGGCAGCUCCGACGCCAACCUCGCCUUCUGGCCGUUUUUCGGGAUGAAUGAUUGAGGGCUGUGAUGCGGGAGGCUGGCGACCCAGGGCGGGUCCCGAUAAUCCGAAAAACCUGUCUGAAGGCGUGGAGGAGCGGAGGAGACAUUUCUUUGAGUAUUGGGACGCACCCCCUGUCUAAAAAAGGCACUGACCAAUUCCUCUUAUCGCCAUUAGUGUGAAAAGAGUCCCAGAGAAAUUUCAGCUGGAAAUUCCUUCAUCAAAUGGUGUAUUUUAGUUGAAUGUAUUUUCCACCUUUUGGUUUCCAUGUCAAAAUAAUCUGUCAAAAGAGGAGCAACUGUUGUUAAAAAAACAUUUUUUGUACCUUGUUUAUGGUUAGAGGAAGGUCUACCUUUCGAAGCCAGUUUUGUAUUUAUGUGUAUAUAAGUAUAUGAAGCCAUAGUUGGGACUUGCCUGCAAAAGCUCUCAAGAGUGGCAACAUAAUACCACACUUCUGUUCCUUAAAAAGGACUUAAAAGGGAUGCGCAUUCCCUGGUAAUGGCCAUGUCAUACAGUAUAUAAAACGUGUACUAUCCAAAGUUCUCAGAGUGCUCUUCAGCUAUUUUCCGUGAACUACAGUGUCACAUUUUAACAUGCAUCAUCUGUGGAGGCCAGAUUGAACCCUCAAAAGGUCCUAACUCUUUGGGGUUUCGUAACACAUCUGAAAGGCACAGUUCGGAGCUUACUAUUACUACUACGAGCAAAGACGGGAUUUUCUUGAUUGAUGUCUAACAUCUAUGGAGAACCUCUACAAAGCUUUUUUUAAACGCUCUUUAAAUAUUUCUGAACUGUAUUUGUAUUUUUCUAUUAUUUUUACUGGGUAGCUAAUGGUAAAUGGUAAAUGGUUGGCAUUUAUAGAGCGCCUUUAUCCAAAGCGCUGUACAAUUGAUGCUUCUCAUUCACCCAUUCAUACACACACUCACACACCAACGGCGAUUGGCUGCCAAGGUGCCAACCAGCUCGUCAGGAGCAUUUAGGGGUUAGGUGUCUUGCUCAGGGACACUUCGACACAGCCCGGGCGGGGGAUUGAACCGGCAACCCUCCGACUGCCAGACGACUGCUCAUACUGCCUGAGCCAUGUCCCCCUAAUGUAUUUAAUAAUUGUAUUUUACAUUUGAAUGUACUAAAACAAUUUCUUAAUAAAUACAUUGUGAUCGA